GCUGUGUUUACAUCUACAUGGAGCGGAGCUAAAACGACGCUGCGUUUGCCGUCUGGAGACCAGUUUGGUUUUCUCUGAGUCUUAUUCCGCCGUGGAGGAGACACUUUGUAUCACACACCCGCCGCUGAACCUCCAACCGAGCUGGGGUUUGUCGCGAAGAGGAGCCAAUUUCGGACUGUUUUACUGAAAGGAGGUCGGGGGUUUGAAGCUGUGGUAGUCGACGGUGAUGGCAACGGCAACGGUGGUGGAGACCGAUCCGACCGCAAGCGAAGGCGGCGCCGCUUUCUCCGAGGUCCAAAACACGGGCUGGAAUGAGUCUCAGCUCCGAAAGUAUCCCUUCCCAACCAAGCCCAUCCCCAGACUGUCCCACACAGACCCCAGGGCUGAGAUGCUCAUAAACAACGAGGAGCCGGUGGUUUUAACAGACACAAAUCUGGUGUAUCCGGCUCUCAAAUGGGACAUUGGGUACCUCCAGGAGAACAUCGGAAGCGGGGAUUUCUCCGUCUAUAUAGCAGAAAACCACAAAUUCCUCUACUACGAUGAGAAAAAGAUGGUCAACUUUGAGAACUUUGUGCCCAAAUCACGACGAAUGGAAAUGAAAUUCUCAGAGUUUGUGGACAAAAUGCACAAAACAGAAGAAAUGGGAGGAGAAGAGAGGGUAUACCUGCAGCAGACACUGAAUGACACAGUAGGGAGGAAGAUUGUUGUUGACUUCCUAGGUUUCAACUGGAACUGGAUCAACAAGCAGCAAGCCAAGAGAAACUGGGGACAGCUGACAUCCAACCUGCUGCUCAUAGGCAUGGAGGGCAACGUAACGCCAGCGCAUUACGAUGAGCAGCAAAACUUCUUUGCACAGAUCAAAGGCCACAAGAGAUGCAUCCUCUUUCCUCCAGAUCAGUUUGAAUGUCUCUACCCAUACCCUGUGCAUCACCCCUGUGACAGACAGAGCCAAGUUGAUUUUGAUAACCCUGACUAUGAGAGGUUUCCCAACUUCAAAAAUGUACUUGGCUAUGAGGCUGUUGUCGGUCCUGGAGACGUGCUCUACAUCCCCAUGUACUGGUGGCAUCACAUCGAGUCGCUGUUGAAUGGUGGAGUGACAAUCACUGUAAACUUCUGGUACAAAGGUGCGCCUACACCCAAGAGGAUAGAGUACCCUCUGCGAGCUCAUCAGAAGGUGGCCAUCAUGAGAAAUAUUGAGAAGAUGCUGGGAGAAGCGCUGGGAGACCCACAUGAAGUCGGACCUUUACUGAACUUGAUGAUCAAGGGGCGGUAUGACCAGGAUUUCAGCUAGAACCACAUCACAAAAAAACAUUAACCAGACUGCUGCUGAACGUGUGUGCGCAUUAAAGUGAAACUGGUUCACAUGCACUACGCACUCUGACUUUGGAGCUACCAUUGCAUGGCAGUAAAUGGCCACCUUGAAAGACAUUGAGACCACUCUGCUUUGUCUCUCUUAGCGCUGUUUUCAUUGUAGAUCCAACGAUGACAUGACAAGGAACUUGGCCUCUGCAAGUGUUUUUUUUUUUUUUUUUCUCUUCAGAGGUGGCAUAAUUUAGCUAAUCUUCACUAAAAUCCAGAUACAUUUAUGUGAGUCAGUGUUCUUUCAAUAUCGUUGUAAUAAAAUAUUCAUUCUUAAAACAGUUCUAAGCACAUCAACGAGACUAUGUAGUCAGACUUUAAUAAUGAUGCAUGUUCAGGUGUAUUUGGCCACACAGUCAGUACAGGUGGUCCGAGAUGAGUACCUUUUGGGGAACCUUUCACAUCAUCACUUUGAUCACUAAAUAGGUGAAUCCAGGCUUGGGAUGUGUAAGAAUUAGAAUAUUACAACACAUUUUCCAUCACAGUAUACAAACAUAAUUGUGGUUUGAUAACGAAAUUUGCAGAUUUCUUCCUGCACUUCCUCAACUCUGGGUGUUACAGGUGCUCUCCACUUUUAACCUGUAAACAAAUUUAAAACUGCUUAAGUUCUUACCUAUAAAGAUGACCAUUUUCUUCCUCUUCUUCUUCUUUUUUUUUUUUUUUUUGGAAUAUGCCUUCAUGUGACUGUGUAAGCUGUGUUCUCUGUAGGCCAACUUUGCUGUGGUUCUUGGGAGUGAUCAGCAAGAAUUUUCUGUUGUAAACAAGAAGGCUUACAAUGCUAUGUGCGCAGUAAUAGAAACCGAGUGAUUGAAACAGUAUGGAUAAACAAUAAAUGAUGAAGAAUCUUCAAUCUGGGUGAGAAUGAAAAAAAAAAAACAAGCAGCUCAUAUUCACCCCAAGCAAUAUGCGACUGCUUACAGUUAAUUGAUUUUAGUUGAGUGAUUGCUGUUAUUUUUAUGUUGUUGCUCGUUUGAUUAAUAUUCCAAGUACUUUUAUUGGAUGUGCUUUUCUACUUACUUACCGGUAUGAAUUGAGGGUGCACUGAAAGUAAAUAAAUUUAGCAGUUUCACUUGUGUACACAGCUAAUUUGAAGAUUGAAAAUUACUUGGUGUUGUAAUUUGGGGAGGUUUCUGUAAGUAUGGGGGACAUUUUGUUUGGUGUGUGUGCCACAUGCUACCAGCUCAGUCGAAGUUACAAAAGGGAUUGAAUAAAAGUGAAAGUGAUAGUGUUUCAUGUUGAUAGCUGACCUAGUAGGGCCACCUGCUGGAGUGCAUCUUUUGUAUCCACCAUCUAACAUAAUGUACUGUUUACAGUGGUGCCGUUCGCAGUAGCAUGUCAACUUUGAUUUAUCAUCAUCUGGUCCAUGGACUAUAAUGCCAAAAUAUAUUCAAUCACCAUUAUAGACAAAAAGCAGCAGGUCCGAGCUACAAAUUGUGCACCAAAAGUCAAAUUCAAGUUGAAAUUUUAUAUUUGGUUGACCCAGGUUAACAACCCUCAAAAUAGCACUUAUGUAUAGUUUUCAUGCAGCCAUAUUUUGAAGGACAUCCAAAUGGGAGAGCAACUUGACAAUUAUUGUGCAAUUUUUCGGUGCUCUUGCAGUUACAAAAUGUCAAUAGCACAUCAUAUGACACAGAUGGGACAGAAUAAUUGCAUAUUGUGCUGUAUGUGCCAACCCAGCUGUGUAUGAACUGUUAAAUAGCUGUCAAUAUUUAGAAAGUUGUCUGGUUGCUCUGUGACACUUGAGUCGGUGGAUAUACGGAGAACUUACAAGGAAAAGAAUAUCUCCAUACUUCAUAUACCAGUAAUAUGUACAUCUUCAGGGCAAGUUUUCAAGACGUGUUCAAUUCAAUCUUUGAGGUAUGUGAAUUGUUGUGUAUCUAAUGUGCAUAUCUAUUAUAAAGUACAACUUGAUGACACGCCAUUUUCUCUGUAAAAAGACUUCAUUUACCUGAUGUAAGUCAGGGGUUGGAUUUUCCUCUUUAUUCCCAGGUUAUCCUGUUUACUGUACUAUGUGCCUUGUUCCACAAUGGCAUGGCACUAAAUAUUGCUAGGACAUUGAUUUUUUUUUUUUUUUUCCAAAAUCAUUUUUUACUCUGGCAUUGAACAGCUUUACCGAUGAAACUUAAUAAUUCAUUGAAAAAACCUGAGCGUAGUCUCACUGAUGGAUGCCUGUUUUGAACAUAAUGUGCUCUUAGCUCCUCUGAUUAAAGUUUGACUUUGUUUGCAGAGUUCUGAAGGACUUCUGAAAGAUGUGAUCAUUUCUUCUGCACGUAGCUUUGCAAUAAACUGUUCUAACAAUGCUUUCAAAAUGGUGUC